UGUCGUUUUCUUCUCUCUCUCUCUCUCUCUCAAGACACACAGCUAUGCAAAUUUACAAAAGCUAGGGAUAUAAACUGAAGCAAAACCAUUAAAGAAGCCUGUGCACAAUACAAUUACAACUUCCAAGGCAGCCAACGCUUUUCCACAAACGACAGCUCAGUAAAUUGUGAUGAAGAAAAUGGGGAGAGGGAAGAUCGAGAUAAAGAGGAUAGAGAACAACACGAAUCGGCAGGUGACAUUCUGCAAGAGGAGGAAUGGUCUGCUGAAGAAAGCCUAUGAACUGUCUGUGCUGUGUGAUGCUGAGGUUGCCCUAAUUUGCUUCUCUACUCGUGGCCGUGUCUACGAGUAUGCCAACACCAACAUCAGGUCUACUAUAGAGAGGUACAAAAGGGCAACCUCUAGUUCAAGUUCAUACACUACUCAAGAGAUCAAUACUCAGUUUUACCAGCAAGAAUCCAAGAAACUGCGCCAGCAAAUCCAGAUGAUGCAGAACUUCAACAGCCAUCUUACUGGCGAUGGCUUAGCUUCUUUGAGUGUGAAGGAGAUGAAGCAGCUCGAGAGUAGGCUCGAGCGAGGCAUUGCUAGGAUAAGGGCAAAAAAGGUACAAAACCACGACCACAUGAAUAUAAUAUACAUUUUCAUGUUUCAUCUCAUAUUGAUUGAUCUUGUUCUCUUUGAACAGCACGAGCUCAUACUUAAUGAAACUGAGAACUUGCAGAAAAGAGAAAUUCAGCUGGAGCAGGAAAAUGCCUGCCUCAGAGCAAAGAUAGCAGAAAAUGAGAAGCUGCAGCAACUGAGCAUGAUGCCUGGUGGUCAAGACUACGCGAUGCAGGCAUACCUUUCUGGAAAUGUGCUCCAGCUGAAUAUGAUGCAGGCAGCGGUGUAUCCCAUCAUGGAUAGGAAGGUUCUUCCUCUCGGGUAAGCCCCCUUCCCUUCUCGAAUAAAUCAGGCAAUAAACCUGCCGCGCAGAUCUGUUUGUGUGUUUGAUAAUAGCGUGAACCGUGUUGCAGCACUAUGGCUGUGUAGUGUGUGCAGAGACAUGAACUCAUUGCAUUAUAGUGUGUGUUCUGUUCUGUGUUUUAUUUCCUGUCCUUAUGUUACUCAAACUUCUGAUCUUUGAAUCUUGCUGAAUUCACUACUUAUUAAUAAGGGUUUCGACCUUCUAGUUAUGUAUAUGUAUGAACAUAAAAGUAUUGAAUAGAUAUUGAAUUCAAGAAAACACCAAUUCAAGUA